GUUGUGAUGGUAGAGAGCAUUCAAAAUUUGAACUUUAUGGCUGCUUUGAUUUUCAUUUUUACUUCUAAUAAUUAGAGUAUAUCGCAAGAUGAACGCGACAAGUAAAAACUGCAAUUUAGUUUUUCAAGUGAAACUUUUUAUACGAGCGCUUUGAAAUUCGGAUCUGUAAGCUUUUUGUGUGAUGGAAGUGACGUAGUUGUUUUCCAAUUGUUGCCGAAAACAGUGAUGAAGAGAAAUUUGAAGAUUUAGAAAAAGCACUAAUAUUGACUUAAUUUGACUGGAAACCUGAAGACGACAAAAUGAGUGGAAGUACCAAAACAACCUUUCAUUUCGUGUGUCUUCCAGGUUUCUUAAGUUCUGAUGCAGCAAGAACAGCUGGGUUUAUUCCAAAAGUUAUUUAUGUUUUCCUGGCUAUCAUUUCCACCAUUCUUCCAGCUGCACUCAUGGUAAUAGGGUUCCUGCACGUGGACGACUGCCCCGCGCAGAAGAUGAUUCCGCUGAGUGCGAUCGCCGUGGGGGGGAUGUGGCUGCUCUACAUCCUUUUCAAAUUUCCGUGCGAGAUCAGGAGGCUGUACAGCACGACGGAGCCGGAGAAGAAUUUCUGCUGCGCCUGCAUCGCGGGCAUCAUUCAGUUUCUCUUGCUCGCCUGUUUCAUCGCAGCUUGUUACUGGGUCUACAGCACGCUCCCUUACAUCGACGAAAGAGAUCUCAAAUCGGAGAACUACUGUGACCCCCUCUUAUUCCGGUUUUUAUUCUGGCUAUUGAAUGGAAUCUUAAUUCUCAUCGUCAUUGUUAUUGUUGUGGUCGUCCUUAUUGCUGUCAUAGCUUGGUGCUGCAAAUAAAAUGUCUUUCUUUGUU